CCGAACACUUGGACUUUGUGCAGAACGAACACACACAAUCAUGAAGAAUUCCAUUGUUCCAUUUGCCUUGUACGAAUGAAGUGUUUUGCACUCUCAACAUUGGCGUGCCUUGUGAUGGCUACCACUGAUUCACAGCCUGGAAUUGCUGGUGGUUGGUCGACUGCAAAUGUGGACGAUGUCAAGAAAGUGUACUUCGAUGCCGUGCAGCAGUCCAAGGCCUCCGCCAACACCACCCGACUCUGUGCAACAGAAUUCACGUCUGCGCAGUCGCAAGUGGUUGCCGGUAUCAACUACAAGCUCAACGUGAACGCGUGUACCGUGAGCUCUGCGAAUGAAACGACAGCAUCGUGUAAGUGCCCCCCUUCUAGCACCAAACCGUACGUUGUGAGCUUGUUCGCCAGCCUCGAUGGGGUAUCCACUAUCUCAAGCAUUGACAACCCCCUCACCACGACAGUACCACCAAACAACAACGUCGCCACGUCCAUGAAGUCGGCAGGGACGAAAUCCUCGUCCGCGCCCGCCAUGGGGCUUGGGCUCGUAGCAGCAUGCUUGGCUACCGCUAUUGUCUCCAUUCUCUGA